UUGUUUUGGGCUAUUAACAAAACAUCAACAAAAUUUGGUGAACGAAUGCUCAAAAAGUGGAUUUCUAAGCCUUUAAAAUGCCUAAAACUCAUAAAUGAAAGAUUAGACAUUGUUACUGAAAUAAUUCAUUCUGAUUCAGUUAUUUUUAAAGUUAUCGAAAAUACACUUUAUAGAAUGACUGAUUUAGAAAAGAUUUUGUGUUCUGUUUUACACGGCAAGUGCAGCUGUUGUGAUUUUCUCAAGUUAAUUGAGGCAUUUGAAAAAAUUAGAAAGGAGUUCCUUGCAGUGUUGGAUAAAAUUGGUACAGAAAUUCAAACAGAAAAGCUGAAAAUCACUUUGAUGGCUAUUGCGAAUCAACUUCAGCACAUUGAAGAAUUUAAAACCAAUAUCAAUCCUGAAGCUGCAAAGUAA